AUGCAAUCAAUUAACCCGACCACUCGGGAGCUGCCAGUUUCCGAUUCUGGGAGCGAAGCGUCGAAAUGGUCCUUGCCUUUGUACGAGACAUUGCUACUCCCCCUGUACCAUAUGGACCAAGACCAGGAAGCAGGUCCUCUCAAUAUUCAACUCUUUCAGACUAAAAGGAAUACUGUGGCUAAAAAUAGCACUCAAAAUUCUUGUCCAGCCGUUCGUCGAUUUAACAUUGCGAAUGGCCUCAAUGCAGAGUUGGGAACCAUCGACGUUGGCGUUCUUCUACAGGCAUGGGACGACCAAGGAAUUGGAGGCCAGCUGGAUCAAUUUGAAAGCUAUGUUGCAGCCAGCUAG